CAACUCUGACAAUCACUUUAGCAAUCCAAAAUCUCAAGCAUGUCUGUGAAUCCUCUUCCUGUUCUUCAUGUUCAAAACGAGACCUGGGUGUUGCGCCUGCGGCUGCUGAGGGUAUGGGGGAAGCUGUAUCAUACCGGGGAUUCACUUCAACAAGUGAAUCCCUUAUUCAUUAACAACCAGGUCUGUGUAUUAUUCAUUCUGACCUCUUUCUCAGUAACGGUUGUACAUACAUUAAGUCAUUUUCCUUGACUAUGCAGGGUCAGUUGGUCGAAGGCAUCAUUCGGCGACCACAUUUAAAUCGAUUUCUGUCAAGUCUUCAUGAGAGCCGUGUUUAUGGAGUAAUGUCGUUUUACAUUGAAGAGAACAACUCUAUUCAUCGAGUGGCGGAAGUGGAUUUUCGUUUGUCAUUUCGUUCGGAUACCCUGUUUUAUGUCAUGGAGGACACAUGUGAUAUUCAGAAAUUUAGUUUCCGUUUCCUUGCUGUCAACGACAUCCCGUAUGCAUUUCAGAAUCAAACUUAUCUGCCGGGUAUGAGCUUUAAAACAAUAGCUUCCUCAAAUAAAUGCAUUUUGGCAACACCCUACAUCUGAAAGCACGGUUUUUUUGAUUGGCUUUUCUAGAUUUGGUUGGAACUAUUUUUGGAUGUGAACCUGUUCAGGUUCUCUACCCAGGUUUACCGGUUCGGAAAAAGCGGAUCACGCUCCUAUUGGCAGAGUGCGUAAAAUGGUUCUUUUGUUUAUGCUCAUUCUGAAUUCAAUGGUUAUUUCUAUCUUACCAACUUCUGGUUAUUUUCUUUAGGGGAGAGAUAGCUUAUGUUUUUUUGUCGGGCUCGGCAAUACCAAGUUUAGAAGAAGUUGUUUCUGAUGCCGGAGCUUUGGGGCAGAUCGCGGUCUUCACAUCACUAUUCAUCGAGCAAAACGAAGGUGCGAAAUUUUUCUGCCUUUUUCUUACUAGAAAGAUACUAACCUUUUUUGUGGUCAUGUGAGAACAAUUGAAUCUUUGCAUAGUUUGCGUCAAUUGAGUAGCUAAUUCGUAUGCAUUUGGUUAUCAUGUCCUUGAGAAUGGUAACAUUUUUCGUGCGGAGUAGAUGCUGCCCUUUGUUUCUUUUCACAAUGACUAGGUUCAGAAUACAGAGUCUUUCACAAAACAUAAUUUUAUUAUCCAAUUAGCACAAGUAAUUAAAUUUUUGUUUACUCAUUUGGAACAGUAAAACGUUGUUUGAAGAUACAUGUUAAUAAGAUAAGUUGUAUCACUUCAAUUCUGGUCAUCAUGUUUUGUAAAUUAAUAACAGUUCUUAUCACUGUAAUUUUAUUUACUCAUGUGUUUGUGGUUUUAUUGUUAAAUGGAUGUUAGGAGGUUAUUCGUUUUCUUCCUCACGAGCAACUAAAAUGUAUCUCAACAUCCACUGCGCUCACAUGCAUCCUUUGUUAAACCAGUAAACUUCACAAACCUUUAUCUUUGAAACUUUAAUUUCUAAUGUGUGUGGUAUCUGUUGAUAGUGGUAAUUCUGGUUAAUUUAUUAUCAGAGAAGAUGGACCCCAAUUUGGAUCUAACUAUAUUGUUGGACCAUUGCUAUAAGAGGAAGCUCUCGCCAUAGUUGAGCACACCACGGUUCCACAUCUUAAUAUGAUAAAGUUGAGUCUGUAUAGUACUGUAAGUCACUCAAACUCAACUAAAUAUCAAUUUUAUUAAAGCAUAGUCAUUACCCAAUUCAACAUUUGCUUCAUUUUGGUCAUCAAUAACACAUUUGUCUGUUUUAGGGGACGGUAUACAUCAUGUCGGGAAAACUAAAAGCCAUUGGAAUUUCAACUUCGGCGCAAUCUAUGGUCAGUGUUGUGCAUUUCACCAUCAAUGAUGUAACUGAGGAGCUGGAAGUUGUGUUUCCUUGUGUCAACCUUAGACGCAUUGUUGGUGAUGUGGUUGCGGAGACAGAUAUCAAUUGGGACACUAAUAUCAUGGCCAUUCUCAACUGCAUUGAUUUGAAGUAUUACCAAUUUGUCAUUGAAGUUGGCGCGUGGAACCACUUGGUCCGUCACUGUGAUUUGGUUUUGCUGAAGAUGUUCUCUGCUGCCUUUUAAGGAUGGAGUGCUUUUAAUGGAUUUCUGGUCUGUGUUCCUAUAUAUAAACCACACUCAAAUAUUUAAUAGGAAGUGGUUGGCUAGGCAUUUCUCAUCAUUCGGCUCUAUUAACUACUUCUACCGUACUUUUUUACUGUUGUUUGCGAUGAUCAGAUUGUUGAAGCUUAGCCUAUUAGUUUCAUGGUUUGGUUUUAAAGCACCCAGUGUGCAAGAGAUUAGCUGUAAUUGAUUUCCUCAGCUUUGUUUAUAAUGGAGAUUCACUUAUGUAUUUGGAUUGGUUUGCUGCUGUUUUACAAGAUGGUAGUUAAGCAGAUAGGGUGUCAGAACUUAUGCGCAUAUGAACCAGUAAAUAUUGUCGGGUUUGUGUUAUGCACUUGAUUAUUUUUUUAGUCCUGGUUAUGAUCCGAUGUGAAUUGGAGGGUUUGUGCAGUUUCAUGCCAGGUUAAAAAAAAUGUGAAUUGGAGGGUUGGAGUACAUUGGCCUGGCGAUUUUAUUCAGCUCGCUCUUAACCCUGUGAGUUAAACUGAAAUGAUUAAGAGACAAGGUGUAAAUAAUUAGUGAGACGCUUCAGCAGGAGGCAAAUAGUAACUUGAUGUUUUUUUAUAUAAUUAAGAGAUGAUUCUAACCUUGCUGCAGUAUCCGAAGAUGACCAGCCGACCUUGAUAGCACCAUUUUUUUAAUUGUCACAAUUUAUUUGCGUGAUUUUCUUGUCAUUUAUCUAUAAUAAUUAUUUUAUAAAUUAACUAUAUAAAAUGAUUUCAUUUCGUUCAGUAGUUAGAGCAUCCACAUCAAUAUAAUUGCAAAGUCAAUUGUAUAUGUAUUUUUUUAUGACACCUCAUAAUUUUUGCAAUCCAACUAAUUUAAAUUUCAUUGUUGCUACAUCAAUGUUAUUUCUUUGCAAUUGCAUGUAAAAUAAAUAAUGGUUUUUCUCCAAUAUAUUUUGGGAUAUUUAAAUAACACUAAGAAAAAGAAAACAAGAAAAACUCUGCCAUUAAUCUACGUGUCAUUGCAUUUAGGCUUUCAUAAUAUGAAAGCUUGCAAAAUUGAAUAACUUCGCACAUCAGUGAAAUUGCGUUUGCAAUUGCAAAGCUCCCAUCCACGUCAUGAUGCAAUUGGAAAAAACUAUGCGAUGGAGAUGCUCUUACGGGAGAGUAAUAAAUUAAUCAUACUUUAAGCAUUCAAUUUAAUAAAAUAUUGUUAGGGAGGGUGGGGGCUUUGGGAUUGCAGAGGCGGCCAUGAACUGUAAAUGGUGAAGGUGUCUACUUUUGGGGCGCAUUCUUCUCCACUCCCCCAUGAUUACAUGUAUCCUUCUCCACUCCACCACUAAGCCAAUACCUCUAGAGCCCAGUAACAGAAUAUUUUCUACUUCUCACCAUAUUUGUCUAAUUAUCCACUCCCCCACUAUCACACUUUCCACACACACGUCAUCCCUGCGGCCAAAUAAAUUAAGUGUUUAGAAUCACUUUAUCUCCUUUAUAUAAUGGAGAUACCACUUGCUCUCAUGUUACAAUUUCCGUUUACUACUUCCCAUACAAAACACUUCGGUUCCAUUCACCGUGAGAAUUGCAUUCAAUAUGGCGGGCCUACCUCAGUUCAACCAGUAAGUACUGCUCAUGCAUCCAACGAAUACUACAUCAUGUUAUUUCGAUUCUUUUUCACUACUUAGUGCCAAAACUUACAGUCCAAUAUAUAGGCUUCCACAUGGUUUUAUUGCUAAUCUGCAAUAUGGUGAUGCUCUUGAAAUUUGUGAGCGUGCCGACACCAUCGAUCUCAUUAUGUUGCAAGUGGAUGUCGAAAAUCAGGUAACUAAACAAAUAAAUUUCUUUUUAAUCG